GACGAGUCCUGGGUUUGGAGUAUUGUGCUGCUAAUCCGGCAGCAUCGCUCCUACCUUGUUUACUUCACGCACGACUUAGGCAGCUUCGCUUCUGUCGCCGGGUGUAGUAGACCCUCCACCGCCACCAACUCACUCCUUAGAUUCCCAUAUUCUGUUCACUGUACCACGGUCGAUAUAUACCAUAUCCCAUACAUUUUAUAGUAGAACCCUCCCCCACGGCUCCAUCCACAAUGACGAUGGUCCGGCAAUACCCCCCGCAACCGCAGCCCUUACUCUCCCCAUAUAACAACCCCCCUCCCUCACCGAACGGUACGCUCCUUCGAAAUGCAUCCGGUUUCGACCAAGUCGGCUUGUCCCAACAGCUACGACCGCAGCAAUAUGCCCAUCCACUCUCUCGCCACAACUCUUAUCAUUCGCAAGGGUCUGCCUCGGAUCGAAGUAAUGACCGAUCCAAACCGCCGGAACACAUGCUGCGCCGGAAGACACCUAAUGGCAUACUAUCAGCUGCCUAUGACGGGACUUCUGUUGAGCAGACUGAUAAGCCGCAUGCGACAAAACAUAUAUUGCUUCCCGUAACUGCAGAUUCCAACGUGCCGUACAACUUUAAGCCAGAACUUCCUAUAAGAUCCCCCACGGCAAAGAUCAACUUCAAUCGAAUACACCAGGAUCAACCUUCGGAAUGGAGCCCCAGCUUAUACUUCGAAACAGGAUCAGGAAGAGGCCACGAAAUGUUCAACAGCGGCCCACAUACAUUAACACAGAUCGAUUCUAUGCUCAACCAGAUACCCCCCUUACAACCUCCGUUGCAAUACCCCCUUCACGGCUAUCCUUUCGGUGGGGCACCAGGGCCGUUGAUACAAGAUCCUUUAAACCCGACUGUCUCCAACGAUCAAGGCCCAUUCGGUCCUUACUGGCAUGAUGGAACCUUCAUUCCUUAUCAGCCUGCAGCUUUACGAGAUGCUAGAUUCUAUCCACACCACGGCCAUGGCUGGCCCACGCCCCAAUGGCCGGCUCAUAAUGCAGCAGUUCCUCCUAUGAAUAAUUUCCAGCAAAAUCAAUUCCAAUUUAAUCAGCCACCCCAUUCUUACGGGAACAUCCCCAGACCGUUCGAUUACUCAAUGCCCUAUCCCGCCCCUCGCAAUCAUUCGAUCGAUUAUCACUCUCAACGGAAUGCCGUGCCGGUUGCUCAACGUCCUGCUCCAGACUAUGGUCUAUCGUCGUCUGGUCAAACCACUCCCGUCGCCGAUCAAACACCUGCAACCACCCCGUUAGCAGAGUUCGGGCCGCACUCACAGAACGCACAGACAAGGGAAAAGGUGUUUGCAUGGGCGCAUACGGUCUACAUCGAUCUUCUGAAGUAUCUUCAAUCAACUCGAAAAUCUAGUUCGAAUGCUCGGCAUCCUAAUGGCCACCAACAGCACGUCCGUCCUCACAUAUAUCCCAGGCCCCCUAGGCAACCCGGCGCAAACUUUAAUAACACCACGACCAACGACACCACCCAGAGCUCUACGCAGCUGACGGUAAACAACCAAGCUCCAGCAAUAGACACCCAGAGGCCAGUCCAAACGCAGCCACCCUUUAAUAGCCGACCCCAUUUUGUCCACGGUCGCUCUGCAUCUGCUGUAUCUCAAUGGCCGAAUGUACCCCAGCAUCCUUAUCAAAACAAUGGUCAACAUGGCAUGUACCCGGCUGUUCCUGGAAUGGAGCCUAUGCGGCCGUUGCGGCGCAUGUCUGGGACUACGAUUACUGGUGUCCAACAGAGCAUGCGCCUUGAAACUCCACCAAGCAUGACCGCCGCAUCUGCCCUAGACGCCAUCAACAAGCACUGCGAGGAGAGCAAAUGGCAAUGGAUUGAUGGUAUAUUAUUGGGUGGGUGCCUUGCCUAUGCUUUGGGUGAUUACCAGAAGGCACAAGAAUGGUACAAACACAUUCUUAAACUAGACAAAGACCACGUCGAAGCGACAUCGAAUCUUGCAGCAACAUUACUCGCCCUCCAGCAGAAACAUGAGGCCGAGUGCCACUGGAGGAGAGCUGUUAAGCUUCGCCCGAGUUAUUUCGAAGCCGUUGAACAUCUCAUUGGCCUUCUCUGUGGUGACCAUCGUGGCCAAGAGGCAGUCCAGAUUAUUGGAGAGGUGGAGAGAUCAUUGCGAUUUACUAAGAAAAAGGACCUUCUCCGAACCACUGGAACACACAGCGAGCGCUCCGAUUCCUCGGUCAGCGAGUCUACGAGCAUUUCAGAGGUUUCGGAUAAACCGGUCUUCGAAUACGAUGCAGACAAUGACUCCAACGACAGGGAUCUUGAUGAACUCCCUGGCUCUGACCAACCAGGUUUUGGCUCUAGCGGCUUUGCCAUCCCCGGAUCCGAGAAUGGCCGCAUGCUCGCCUUAAUCCACGCAAAGGGCAAUAUGCUUUAUGCUCUUGGUGAUAAUGCUGGCGCUGCCAGAGCAUUUGAGAAUGCUGUUUUAAUUGGUGCUGGUCUUCAAGUCCAAGGAAUCAGUGGCUUGAUCAAGCACAUCCUUUCUGUCGUUGGUUACGAUGCAUCGGAACGUUCGCCUGGCGGUCGCCAAAUUCCUCCCUCGACCGAUCCCAUUCUUCUUCAUCCUGACCCGGCGUUGAAGACUGCACAGCUAUGCUUCCCUCCUCAUGGCGACCUCCCCGGCCUCAAAUAUGUCUCAAGCGAAGGUAUGGCCCGGAAGGCUGCCAUAUCAACCACAAGUAACUCGUUACUUUCCCUCGCGAAGAUUUUCCAAGAUGGCAUGGCAACCAACUCGCCCAAGGCUUCCGCCUACCAAACAACGUAUGGAGUUCGGGAAAUUCUUGCCUUGUACUAUCUGUCUCUUUCGCUCCAGCCUAGUCCAUCCACAGCGAACAACGUCGGUAUCCUUUUGGCGAGUGUUCAGCAGGCCGCCCCUUCGAAACAUAUUCCAGUAUCCGCUCCCAUGAUGAAGCCGCAAAUCCCAGGACUUGUCCCCGGUAGCGGUAUCGCACUGGCACUAGCAUACUACAACUACGGACUGCUACUUGACUCGCGCCAUGCGCACUUGUACACCAACCUUGGAAGUCUGCUCAAGGACAUAGGCCAGCUUGAUGUUGCCAUCCAAAUGUACGAGCAAGCCGUACAAUGCGACGGAAACUUUGAUAUCGCUCUUGCCAAUCUCGCAAACGCCGUGAAGGACAAGGGCCGGAUUAGUGACGCAAUUUUGUACUACAAACGAGCUGUGAAGGCAAGCCCCGAGUUCGCCGAGGCGGUUUGUGGUCUUGCGAAUGCUUUGAACUCCGUCUGUGGCUGGACUGGUCGAGGUGGGAUUGCGGCAGAGGGUGGUUCUCGCGAUCGCUGGCACGUCAAUGAACAGGGCAUGCUCUUGGAUGCUACAUUGCGGGGUGCUUCAAGUUCUGGCUGGAUUAAGCGUGUGGUCGAUCUCGUGGAAAAACAGCUCGCAGAUGGAGAGGAUUGGGGCCGAGGGAUGAUGGAUGAAAGGUUCAUGAAGGACAUGCUUCGCCCUCUCGCGUUGGGCGAAAGUGAUGCCAGCAGCAUCAAGGAAAAGCAGCAAAGCAUGGUCAAAACUCUCCUUGGAUGGCGAGGCCAGAAGUGGGAAGGAGCUCGCAUUGUUCGUUUGGUUGAGCGAGCCAUCAAGCGUUUGACCUGGCAAUGGUAUCAAGACCGCUACAAGAAGGGCGAUGGUCGCGGCCGGCAGCUCGUUCUGGCGAACUAUCGAAGGCCUCAGUUGCCUUCUUCCUUGACAGUUCCUGCGGCCCCUACUGUUCUACCCUUCCACACAUUCACUUGUCCUAUGUCCGCCAAACAGAUUCGCCUCAUUUCGCAACGAAAUGGUCUCCGUAUUUCCUCCUCGACAUUGAAGGCCCCUUGGUUGCCAGCUACUGUUUUCGAACCUCCGCCUCCACCGGCCCCGUAUCUUCGGGUUGGAUAUGUGUCUUCCGACUUCAACAAUCAUCCGCUCGCCCACCUUAUGCAGUCAGUUUUCGGUCUUCACGACCCGCAACGAGUCAAAGCCAUAUGUUACGCCACCACGGCAAGCGACGGGUCUAUCCACAGACAGCAGAUUGAGAAGGAAGCUCCGGUGUUCUACGAUGCCAGUAGCUGGCCAGCAGAGCGACUUGUGAACCAAAUCAUUCGCGAUCGCAUCCAUAUUCUCAUCAAUCUCAAUGGCUAUACUAGGGGUGCCAGAAAUGAGGUCUUUGCAGCACGUCCCGCACCUAUUCAGAUGUCCUUUAUGGGCUUUGCGGGCACGCUCGGUGCUGAUUGGUGUGACUAUCUGCUUGCAGAUGAGACUGCGGUUCCGACUGAUACUCUGCGACCCUGGCGCCGCAACAUUGACAUGGAAGAUCAGCUCGUCGACGAAAACAGCGGAGGCUCCGAUGAGAACUGGAUAUAUGGCGAAAACAUCAUUUACUGCCGCGAUACCUUCUUCUGCUGCGAUCACAGACAAAGCGCCCCAGAUGCCACAGGACGUCAGCUCACCUGGGAGGAAGAACAACAAAGAAGGUGGGCAAUGCGAAAGGAAUUGUUCCCCAACCUCCCUGACGAUGCCAUCAUCCUCGGAAAUUUCAAUCAGCUCUAUAAGAUUGAGCCCACGACUUUCCGCACCUGGCUGCGUAUCCUGCAAAGACUACCAAAAGCUAUCCUCUGGCUUCUGCGUUUCCCAGAUCUUGGUGAGACGAAUCUCAAACAAACCGCACUCAUGUGGGCUGGCCCUGAAGUCGCCUCCCGUAUCAUGUUUACCGACGUUGCGCAAAAACAUCAACAUAUUGCACGUGCUCGAGUCUGCGAUCUUUUCCUGGACACUCCUGAGUGCAAUGCCCACACCACAGCUGCAGAUGUUCUUUGGUCGGGCACCCCGCUGCUUACUCUUCCCCGCUACAAGUACAAGAUGUGUUCAAGGAUGGCUGCAUCUAUCCUGAAGGGCGCUUUACCUAGUAAUGAAGAGGGCAAGAAGGCUUCAUUAGAUCUUGUUGCUACCGGCGAAGAAGAUUACGAAGAAAAGGCAGUCCGCCUAGUCAAUGAUUGCGUCUACCGCGGCUAUAGAGUCACCGGCCGCUUGGGCCAACUCAGAAAGCUUCUAUACGAAGCUCGAUGGACCAGUGCUCUCUUUGACACCAAAAGAUGGGUCCGUGACCUUGAAGAAGCAUACGGAAUCGCAUGGAAGAAGUGGGAAGGUGGCACUGGCGGAGACAUCUGGCUGCAGCCACAGAGGGGGUGGUGAGAGGUACGAAGGUGUCGUUAGUCGCAAGGCUGUAUACAUAUCAUCUUUCCAUUCUCUUCGGCAUCCAGGACACUUUCCCAGUGUCCGACUUCUUGCAUUCGGAUAACGUUGAAGUGGUAAACGCGGAGG